GUUAGGUGAAACCAAUGGAGUCCAACAACACCAACAAGAGCAGUAGGUAAGCACUUAAAGCCAAUAAUGAAGAGAACCGUCGCUGUGUGCGUCAAUGGCGUUGCGCCUUUGCCUAAACGCCACCUGGAGAUGGCAGAUAGAUGAUGUGAUUCAGCACAGUGCAGCAUUUGGGCCCCAAAUCCCCCCACCUAAAGGCAGCAGCAGCAAAGUCUGUGGACAACAAUCUCAUCUCUCAGUCCUUUCUCAAUCUCUCUCAGUCCGAUCUCAUGUCGCCGGCGAAAGGAGCAGUGUGCGUGACCGGCGCCGGAGGUUUCUUGGGCUCCUGGGUUGCUCAUCUCCUCCUCUCCAGAAACUAUCUAGUCCGCGGCACAGUCAGAGACCCCUUGGAUGAGAAAUAUGCCCACUUGAAGCAACUCCCAAAUGCAUCCGAGAAUCUGAAGCUCGUGAAGGCCGAUUUGCUUGAUUACCCUUCUCUGGUCGCUGCGAUUCAAGGCUGUUCGGGAGUUUUCCACGUUGCCAGCCCUGUUCCUUCUUCCUCUGUAUCAAACCCCCAGGUUGAGUUAAUUGAGCCAGCAGUGACUGGAACCCUAAAUGUCCUGAAAGCAUGCGUCGAAAACAAGGUUAAGCGAGUCGUGUAUGUUUCCUCUGCUGCUGCUGUUUUUAUGAACCCUUCCUGGCCCGAUACUCAGCCUAUGGAUGAGUCUUGCUGGUCUGACGCGGAAUAUUGCAGAACUACUGAGAACUGGUACUACCUCUCCAAGACAGAGGCUGAGAUCAAGGCAUUGGAGUAUGCGAAAGCCAACGGACUUGAUGUAAUAAGUGUGUGUCCCAAUCUCAUCAUCGGGCCACUUCUGCAGUCUACGGUGAACGCAAGCACCAUGGUUCUCACCAAGCUUUUGAAAGGUAAAGGGAAGGACUUGGAGGAGAACAAGCAUCAUCGGGUGGUGGAUGUGCGUGAUGUAGCUGAAGCGUUGGUUUUGGUGUAUGAGAAGCCCGAGGCGCAAGGGAGAUACAUAUGUACAGCACAUUCUAUCCAUGUUAAGGAGGUGGUUGACAUUUUGAAGGAGAAUUGUCCCAACUACAAUUAUCCUAAGAACAGCUUCACAGUUGGUGAGGAGAAGAAAGAAAUGAGCUCAGAGAAGUUGCAAAGGCUAGGUUGGAGCUACCGUUCACUGCAUGAAACUCUGGUGGACGCUGUGGAGAGUUAUAAGAAGGCUGGGGUAUUGGAAUAGAACUGAACCGUUCCAGUUAUUGGUGAAUCCAAAUUUCCAAUAUGGAUGAGGGCAUCCAUUUCCAUGUUAAACCAAAAUAGAGGUGUUGCUUGCUGCUGUUGGGAGUUAGCAGGGCCAUUGCAUUUGUUUGUUGUGUAUGGGUCCUAAUAAGUAUUCAGGGUGUUGAAGCCUACUGUAAAGGCAGAGCUUUUGGUGCUGCAGCAUAGAUGGUGUUUUGUCGAGUAAUAAAACAAUGGACGCAUUUGUCUGUUGAGAGUGGAUUGCAUUACAGCAAACGGUAGUAUUGAGUGGCAUUUGUCUGAGUAUGAUAUUGAUUAUUUAUAAACCCGUUGUAAAGAUCCACUUAAACUUGAUGAUGUGUUUUGAGAAAGUAUGGAUCGUAUGUAAUAUAAUACUUUUCGGUUCAGUAUGAACACAUAAUAUGUAUGC